ACGAAAUCUGGGGACCAAGAUAGAGUAGAAAAUCCGCCAUUUUGAUUUGAGUUUCCAAUUUUCUUACUGUUUUGGUUUUUGUUAUGUCAAAUAUGGAUGAGAAAUCGAGAACGGAGUGUCCUAGUCUUCCCAACGGCUGGCAGCGCGAAAUUGUGAUGAGGAAGUCGGGUUUAUCAGCUGGGAGAAGCGACGUUUACUAUUACAGUCCAGAUGGUAAGAAAGUCCGUUCCAAGCCUCAACUAGAACAACAUCUUCCAGAAUUGGACCUUGGAAAUUUUGACUUUAGAAGUGGUACUUUCAAUAGGCGGAGUAAGAGGAGACAAGGAGAAAGAGAUCAAAGCUUUGGGAGAGAUUUGAAUCGAGGUAUAAUUCCUGCUCCUGUGCGUCAAUAUGCCAAAUCAAUUUCAGGGCAACAAGUUACGUAUUACCCUUCCAUGGCAGUGGCAGCUCCAAAAGAGAAGAAGCGUAAACAUGAGGCAGUAAAUGCUAGAACUGACAAGGAUAAACCAAAGCAACUGUUUUGGGAAAAACGUCUACAAGGGAUUUCAGUGAGUUCAUUGGAACAGGAUAUGCUCAAGUGUUUUCGCUUGCCAGAUCAAAUUAAGAGUGUUGGCCCUGGAAUAAGCCAAAAGAACUUAAUUCAUUCUUUGGUGACAAAUUUGCACAACAAAGCAAGUGUAAAAGGGCAAGACAGGUCUGCCAUAGCUCUGGAAAAGCACCCAGAGGUGUGGCUAAAUGCUGAGCAACCUCUAUGUACUCCAUUCACCAUCACAGAAGCAGAUGUCAAGAUACAAGAAGAAAAGGUCUCUACAUUACGAAGGCAGUUAUAUGAGGCCUUAGUUGAAUAAGAGCAUUUAAAAAGGGAUCCACCACCAAAGUAAACUGCUUUGUGAAGCAGCAACUCAACUGCAAACUUGUUAAGGAAACAGCUGUAUGCACAUUACAGUCAUAUAGUGUGUGAAUUAUGUGUUCAGCAUGAAUGUGAUGCGUUCUCAAGAGAAGAGAACAAGAUUCAGAGGAAAUGAAGGAGCCAAAAAUUGAUAAUAGUUUGCCCUGGACAGUUUGAAAGACAGAACUGAACAUUAUUUUCAGAGGCAAUGUGACAAGUGUUAAAAUAUAUCUUUCUGAUUGGCCUGGGUACAUAGAGCAAGUUGUCCCCUUAUCUUAUUCAAUGACAUUUAUUUUUCCAUUUGCAAAGAAAAAAUACAUUAACCUUGACUACUAAAGUAGAUUGUUGUCUUAUUUAGAAACCUCUAUUUUUCUAAUACUGGCUGAUCCUUAGCCUUUUCCAGCCAUUCAGUUAGUAAUAAAAAAGUGCAAUAGUAAACAUAGUAGGAGACAAGUGAAAAAACCAAGGAGGUUUGGGUUGCAAUUGCACCAUGAGUGUUCUCUGUGAGACAACCCAAAUUUCCCUCAUUUUUGCAAUGGGGCCUUUAACACACCAUUUACCAUUUCACUCUGUUUUACUAACUGAACGCCUGAAACAGACAAGCUGGUCCUAAGUUUGCUUUGCUGUUUCUGGCAAUCUCAAUGUUGAGUCAUUCAUUUUUUUGUAGUAAAGAUAAUUUAAAGAGUGCAAUUUAGUUUCAGAAGGGUGUAUUAUGUGUUAAGACAGAACAGUUAUUGUGCUUUUCAGUUACAUGCAGUGUGUUUUACAUAUCUGAUAUUGGUUAUGUAUUCCCAAGCACGAAAUAAAAGCACAAGUUUUAUCCUGAA